AUGAUCCAUGGCGUCGAGGUCACCCUCGUGGAUGCCAAUCACUGCCCUGGAGCUGUUCAGUUCCUUUUCCAAUUACAGGAUGGCCGCAAGUACAUCCAUUGUGGAGACAUGCGCUACGCACCCCACCUCAAGUCUGAUCCCCAUCUGCAACGUUUUGUGGGGGCGGAUGCCGUUUUCCUGGACACCACCUACUGCAAUAAACGGCACACCUUCCCUCCCCAGGAGGAAAGUAUAGCCUAUGUAGUGGCCGCCGUGAAGAGAUUACUGGCCGGGCAGGCGGGGGAGGCGGAGCCCGAUGCGCCAGAUGGCCCCGAGCACGCAGACGACAGUGCGGCAGCCCCUGGCGCCGAUGCACCUGCUCCAAAGACUCCCGCUGGGCCCAGGCGCGUGAUCCUGAUUUCCACGUAUGGCAUUGGCAAGGAGCGGAUCCUGAGUGCGGUGGCGGCUACCACUGGGCUUCGGCUGGCCGUCACUGAGAAGAAGCUGGCUGUCAUGCGUUGCCUGAACCUUCCAGGCUUGGAUGUCGACGGCAUCUUCACCUCCGACUUCUCGUCCACGCCGCUGCAUGUGACGCCCUGGGGCUUCAUCGGGGAGUCAUGGCCUUUUUUCCGGCCAAACUGGACCAACCUGGAGGAGUACCAGAGGAGCCAAGGAGUCGAUGAGGUGGUUGGUUUUGUGCCCACAGGGUGGACGUACGACAUGGCCCGCAAGGUAUUUCCAGUGAGGCGCAAGGGCGGCUGCAGCAUCCACCUGGUGCCGUACAGCGAGCACUCCUCCUACCUGGAGCUCCUGGAGUAUGUGGAGUUCCUGCGCCCUCAUCAGGUCAUUCCCACAGUGGGCGUGGAGGGGGAGUCCGGCGAGCAGGCCAUGCGCAAGAUGCAGGCGCAGUUCAGGCACCUGGUGGACGAGACCAAGGACAAGACAACUGGCGGCGGGGAAACAACUCAUGUGGCCAUGGACAGCGAUGUCACCGCCCUGCCCAUGCUGGCGGUCAAGCCAGAACCUGUUGCAGACCACCAAAGGCCCGGCGCAUCGGAGCCUGCCCCCGUGAGUGAUGCCGAGGCUGGAGUGGACGAGGUGCAGGCGAUCAUUGGGACAGAUGUGCCUGCCAGCACCAUCCUGCAGCUGCUGAAUGCCAGCAGGGGCGACGUGCAGGCAGCAGUCAACGGCUACUUUGACGCCCUGAGCGCCCCUGGGCUGAAGCGUGAGGCGCACAAUGUGAAGCAUGCACCGGUGGCGCUGGGAGCCAGCAAGAGUCGCAGGCCUGGAAAGCAGGGUCGGAGGGGCGGGGCACCGACUUCUGGCACGAGCAAGGCCUCGGCAGCGGGUGCAGCGCAGCAAGCGAGCAUCACCGCGUUCUUCGGCGCAUCGCCGGCCAGGGCGAUGCCGGUCCUGGACCUGACCGAGCACGCCGAGCUGGAGGUGAAGCGGCCAGCGAGCCUGGAGGCAGUCGAAGGAGCGGAUGUCAAGGAACCUGCUCCACCCCAAAAGAGGCUGAUACUGCCCUCUCCUACCCGCGGCGAGCCUGUCCCAGCAGACAGCCUGCCAAUUACUCUGAGCGAAGGGCAUGUCAAUGGCGACCAGGACCCUGCACCUGUAGCUGACGCUGAGCCCCAGGCCGCCCCCGGUGCCAAGGCAGAGGAGUCUAGCAAGAAGGCACCAGACAUGGCGCGGUCUGUUCUCAGCUCAGCGCGGGACGCGAUGGCGGUGCUGCCUGAGAACUACGACCCCAAGCUCCACGCCUGCUGGUCUGCAGGCGAGCCCACGCCGUACCUGCACCUGGCCCGGGCCUUUGAGGCAGCAGAGGCCACCACCAAGCGCCUGCGUGUCGGCGACAUCCUCACCAACAUGUUCAGAAGCGUGCGUGUGCGGCCGUCGGGCGUGGUGAUGGCCCUGUCUCCCGAUGACCUGGUGGCCACUGCCUACCUUGCCACCGGCAAGGUCGCCCCCGACUACGAGGGCCUGGAGCUGAGCGUCGGCGGCGGCACGGUGGGCGCCGCCAUCCGGGAGGCCAUGGGCGUUUCGCGUCAGCGCCUGCACCAGCUAUACAGCCAGCUGGGGGACCUUGGCGACGUGGCGCAGUCCUGCCGCGCGACGCAGUCCAUGCUGCGCCGCCCCGACCCGCUCACUGUGCCCGGCGUCUUCCGUGCGCUGCACGACAUGGCCGCCCACCGCGGUACGGGGGCAGGCGGCCGGCGCCAGCACGCCGUGCUGAGCCUGCUGCGCGCCUGCCGUGAGGGCGAGGUGCGCUACGUCGUGCGCACGCUGGUGCAGGGCUUGCGCGUUGGCGCCAGCUGGCGCUCUGUCAUCCCCGCCCUGGCGCGCGCGGUGCUGAUGCACGUCGAGGGCACGCCGCGGCUGCCGCGCGUGCGGCUGGACGCCGCGGCCGCGGCCGCCACUGCCGCCUUCCACGUCUGCCCCAGCCUGGACCUGCUCUGCGCCGCCAUGCGCAGCCACCCGGUGGAGGAGCUGGAGCGCCAUGUGGGCCUGGUGGCGGGCGUGCCCAUCAAGCCCAUGCUGGCCAAGAUCUCGGAGGGCGUGGCCGACGCCAUCGCCCAGCUCAAGGGCGCACCAUUCCUGGCCGAGCUCAAGUACGACGGCAUGCGCUCCCAGAUCCACGUUUUGCUUGGCGGCGAGGUCAAGGUGUUCUCUCGCAACUGCGAGGACCGAUCCAGCGCCUUCCCGGACGUCGGCGAGCUGAUGAAGGAAGCCGUAGACGUGGACGCCCUCCCCCUCAUCCUGGACGCCGAGGUCGUGGCCGUGGACCGCGCCGAUGGCAACCGACUCCGCGCUUUCCAGGAGCUGGCCACGCGCGCCCGCGUGGACGUCAGCGCCGCGGCAGUGCAGGUGGACGUCGCCGUGUUCGCCUUUGACUGCCUGAUGGCGGCGGGCCAGAGCCUGAUGCGGUCCCCACUGACCGAGCGACGGAAGCUGCUGGCACAGGCGCUGAGUGGGGCGGCGCCGGGCAGGGUGGAGCUGGCGCGGUGCUAUGAGGUGGCUGAGGGGGCCGGGGCUGAUCCUAAUGCAGACCUGCCCAGCACCGGCACUGUGGUCCCAGCCACCACCGCGGAGGAGGAGCAUGCGGCGGCUCUCCAGGCCGCACUGUUAGAGGCCUUUGCGCAGGGCGGGGAGGGCCUGAUGCUGAAGAGUCUGGGGGCGGGGUACGAGCCCAGCAAGCGUGCGGACCACUGGAUCAAGCUGAAGAGGGACUACUGCGAGGGCCUGCACGACACCCUGGACCUCGUCGUGAUCGGUGCAUGGCACGGAAGCGGGCGCAAGGUGGGCUGGUGCUCCCCCUUCCUCAUGGCCGUCUGGGACCCAGACACGGAGCAGCUCCAGAGCCUGUGCCGCUGCAUGAGCGGGUUCUCUGACGCAUUCUACCGCGAGGCCACGGAGAGGCUGAAGGCCACCGAGAUUCCUGGGCCCAAGGCGUACUAUGACACCAGCGAGUCGCCAGACAUGUGGUUUGAGCCACGCGAGGUCUGGGAGAUCCGCGGGGCAGACCUCAGCCUGUCGCCGGUGAGUGUCGUGGAGGAGUUGGACGAUAAGGACAUAGAGGCUGCCAGCACGGCCGAGGAUGUCGCCGCCAUGUACAAUGCGCAGUCCCGCAAGGCCAAGGCAGGAUCAACGGUGGCUGCCCAGGCCGCGACCGCCGCCUCUGAUGACGAAGAGCCCCAUGGGAAGGAGGCGCUUGAUGAUGAGGUGCUUGAGGAUAAAACGCAUGCUGAGAAAGCGCUCGAGGACUGA